UAUAUAAAAAACGUAUCGCAAAUGCGGACCGCUCGCUCAGUUUUCGGUGAGUGUAAAAUCAGCAGUAUGAACAUAACCAAAAAUUUAAAUUCUAACAAUUUGGAAAACCAUUGUUGAUCAAAACAAUUGGGCUUUCAGAUUCAAUGGAUUAAAUUAAUGUGAAAACUUAAUAUAUUUAGUGAAGAAGAGAAAAUUACGUUAAAAAAUACUUUAGUUAAAUUGAUUUUUAGAGUUCAGUGGUUACAUUUCUUAUAAGAUCAUAUUAAUAACAUGAGAUAAUUAUUAGUAACGUUACAGUGAUUGUGAUAUUUUUUCAAUUUUUAUAUUUAAAAAUUUGUUAAUUUUACAAUGGCCGUGUGUAUUGCUGUUAUCGGUAAGGAUAACUCUCCCAAAUAUAUAAGAUGUGUAAAUGAAACGGAUGAAUUAAAAUUUCACUACAAAGUUCACACAUCUAUUGAUAUUAUAGAGGAAAAAUUAAAUGUUGGAAACAAAAUUGCAAAUGAUGUUAGAGAAUUAUUUCUCGGAAUGCUUUAUUCCACAGAAGAUUAUAAAAUAUACGGAUAUGCGGCUAAUACAAAAAUUAAAUUUGUGAUAGUUUUGCAGUCAUCGAAUGUAACGUUGAGAGAUAACGAAGUCCGAAUGAUUUUCCGAAAACUUCAUGCUGCCUAUUCAAAUGCUGUAUGUAAUCCGUUUUACAUACCUGGAGAUCAAAUUGAUUCAAAAAAUAUCCUCAUUUUAUAUGAGGCAUUUUACGUGUGAUGUCCUAAGUUGAAAAAUUGAUUUCUCGAAAAAAGUGUAACUUUGGGGAAAUUGUUGUACUACCUGAUAAUAAAAUAACCCCAAAAAAAUUUUGCCUUUUUUGAAAUUUUGGGGAGAUAGAGGGGGGUCAAUUUUAUCACUUUUCCGUGACACCGUCUACUAUUUGAAUUUUUGCUGUCUAUAAAUGCAAUAAAAAAAAAUGUUGGCAGGUAUUUUUUUUGAAGGUUUUUUCAUGCUCUUUCCAAUGGUGAAUUUUGUUUUUAAAAAUUUAUGAAUUUUGACCUUCACUUUCUAUAAUUAAAAAUAAAUUUGCUAUUUUCACUAAAAUCGGUCCGUUUUUUUAAAAUACAUAAUUGCAAACGAAAGCUGAGGUUUCUUCCGAACUGUAUAUAAAUUUUCAGAAUGCUGAUUUUUUUUGUUUUCGAGAUAUUAAAUGUCAAAUAUUUUAUGACCGCGCGCGCCAUUGUAAACAGCUACCGCGUCGCGGUAUGAGUCGACCGCCUCGCCGCGCGCGCCUAAUUAAAAUCUUUGACAUUUAAUAUCUCGAAAACAAAAAAAAUCGGCAUUCUGAAAAUUUAUAUACAAAUCGGAAAAAACCUCAGCUUUCGUUUGCAACUAUGUAUUUUAAAAAAACGGACCGAUUUUAGUGAAAAUAGCAAAUUUAUUUUUAAUUAUAGAAAGUCAAGGUCAAAAUUCAAAAAUUUUUAAAAACAAAAUUCACCAUUGGAAAGAGCAUGAAAAAACCUUCAAAAAACAUACCUGCCAACAUUUUUUUUAUUGCAUUUAUAGACAGCAAAAAUUCAAAUAGAAGGCGGUGUUUCAGGGAAAAGUGAUAAAAUUGACCCCCCUCUAUCUCCCUCAAAAUUUCAAAAAAGUCAAAAUUUUUUUGGAGAUAUUUUAUUAUCAGGUAGUACAACAAUUUCUUCAAGUUACACUUUUUUCGAGAAAUCAAUUUUUCAACUUAGGACAUUACACGUAAAAUGCCUCAUAUGUGGAUUUACAUGGGAACCUCCGUGGAUUCUUAUGUGGAUCUGGGAUUUCAAGUGGGUGUUUAUAGAAAAACAUCGUCAAAGACGUUCUCUUAUUGAAUCUCAUGAUGUACUUUUAUGAAUUUUAAUAAAGUAAAUAUUUAAAUAAAUUUAAA